UUGGUUUCUUAUCCUCUCUCUCUCUCUCUCUCUCACACACAUUUCAUUCCCUCUCUUUCUCUAUCUUAAUCCAAACUCUCAGAGGGCGUUUUCCCACGGAUCGCUCGCUGCCCAUUUUUAGAUUUGCGGAUAUAAAUUCGGUAUUUCAACUUGGGUUAUCGGGGAAAUCCCUCCUUCUUCGCACGACUAGCGCAAAUCAAAAAUUCUGUUUUGGUGGAGGCAAUUAGGAUAUGGGUCUCAUUAUGUCUAAAAAUAUUGCUAAUUUCAUUCUCUCUUCUUUCUACCACGAGAAACUCUGUGGGAAACUAAUUCCCGUUCAAAUCGAGAACAUGGUCUCCAUGGUUUCUCGCUCGGGAAGGCAUUUGCAGCGCUAUGACGAGGGUUGUCGCCAAGUCGUUGGAUGCAUACCGUACAGAUACACCAAAACCGAUGAAUUUUCGUCGGUGGAGGAAUUAGAAGUCCUUGUUAUAAGUUCCCAAAAGGGGCAAGGAAUGAUGUUCCCAAAGGGAGGUUGGGAAGUUGAUGAAUCCAUGGAAGAUGCUGCUUUAAGAGAGACGCUAGAGGAAGCCGGUGUAAGAGGCAUAGUUGAGCGUAGGUUGGGUAAAUGGCGUUACAAGAGCAAAAGAGGUGGCAUACUUCAUGAGGGUUACAUGUUUCCUAUGCGUGUUCAGGAGCAAUUAGACUUAUGGCCUGAAAAGGACUUAAGAAAACGCAGAUGGAUGUCUGUUGCUCAAGCUAGAGAAGUAUGUCAACAUUUGUGGAUGAAGGAAGCCUUAGAUGAAUUAGUUCGUAGACAAACGCAGCUUAAACAAAAGGAAGAGAAGGACGAAACAACAACAUGUACAUAAAAACGCUACUAAACGAAAGAAAAGCUUUCGGUUUUUUCGCUCUAAGGGGGCGACAAAUUUGCGAAAGUAAAUUGAGGGUCUUCGCGAGAACUCGAAACAUAAGCGCCGGAGAGUCGAAGAGAAGAUGGGGUUUUUUAUGCCUUCACUAGCGUUGGUGGUUGCAACUCCAUCUUCGGUUGUACAACUUGAUUGGUGAAAACAGUUUAAGGUCUCGGAAGUAGAAACACCCUGCAGAUGUACAAAUUUUGAUUCAUUCUUUCUAUUCAAUUGAUUGACUGUGAUUCUUUUUUAUGAAUUUCUUUCUUUGUAUUCUCUUUACAAUUUCAAGCACGCCUUGCCUUGAGGAAGUUUGCUUAAAGAAAUGCA